AUGUGAUUUAUGUCUAAAAAUAGCAAAGGGUAUUUCCACAAUUGAAUGGUUUUCCUGUGAGAGCACAAUUGGUUUUGUUUCUUAUGUCUACAAAAUAUUUAGAAAUAGAAAAUGAAAUAGAAUAAAGAAUGGAUAGAGAGGACAAGAGAAGGUACCUAAUUGUUGGCGCUGUGAUACUAGAAAUUGUUUCUCCUCUUCUAAGAAAGAAGCUUGAAGACUACUACACUAGUAAAGGAUUGGGCUGUUUGCAAGAUUUUAUAAACAGUCUUCCUGUUAAACACAUCCUAUUUCAUUUACGUCACAAAAAUAGCAAAUGUUGUGUAGACACUGCUAAUUGUGUAAACCAACAAUCCCUUCCACUUAAUUACAGCCAGUGGAAUCGUAUGUACACUGCAGGAUCAACAAACCAUAACUGCCAUUGCAAAUAUACAGCAAAGCCUAUUUCCUUGAAUGACCUUGACCUCACUCUAUUAAGUUUGAUUUUACUGAACUGCAGCAGCCUGUCAUCAAAUGAAGGAACGUUGAUUUCUGACCUUCGAGAAUUCAAGAACAACUAUCUCAGCCAUAACACAGACGGUGCCAUAACUGAGACAGAAUACAACACCCUCUGGACAGACUUGACAUCACAUGUUAUAAAACUGGACCCAAGUAAACAGCAUGACCUUGUUAUAAUACAAAACAGACCAUUGGAUGAGUCCCUUUGUCAAUACUAUGUAACAUGUCUUCUAGAUGUACAUGUUAUACUUGAAAAGAUUGACACAAAAAUAGAUGCAACAUCUGCAGAAAUACAGACAACUAUUGGUAAUGGCAAUACUGAGGUAAUGGAAACUGUUGGCACAAAAACUGCUGAACUCCUGGGUAUCAACAAUGUUGUGCUAAUGGCUGAAAUAGAGGAGGUGUUACAAAAUGUUAUCUGUCAGAGAUGUAAAAGAAACAUUAACGAACAAGACAUACACGGGAGAGCUUUACAACCAUACAAACUAGGACAUUCUAUUUUCAAAUUGCAUCAUGAGAUUGACUUAACAUCAGCAGUUGUUGAUAACUGGAAAGGAGUAUCAGAUAUAGUGAUAAUGAAUGAUGGUAGACUGGUGAUGUGUUUACCUAGGCAGAAGAGACUACUGAUCUGUAAUACAGAUGGAUCACAGGUAGACAGUAUACAAGUACAGGAUGCACCAUUCUGUGUUAUAGCAGUCAACAACUCGACAGUAGCUGUAAUACUGAAGAGAAGUAAGUGUAUAGAGAUGUAUGGCAUAAACAAUAAACUCAAACUUAAAUCAAUAUCAGUACCUGGAUUGGGGUUGGGGCAUAGCAUUACAACUAUAAGCAAUAAGUUAGUUGUAGGUGGUUACAACACACUACUGAUCAUAGAUCAUCAGGCAAGAGAGGUGGUACAGACAAUACAGACUGACUGUCAUCCUGGCAGUUUACAUGGUUCUGGUGACAGAAUAUACUACUGUGAUAAAAGCUACAAGCUGUACUGGUACAGUUACACUGAUGACAGACAUCACACUCUUGCAUUACCAUCAACACCCUUGAAGAUAACUACACUACAAGAUGGCAGUCUAUAUGUGAUGUGUAAAGAUGGAUUAAUAUUACAUGUGUCAUCAGAUGGUAAAAAGUACAAAACUGUUACAACAAAGGAACUGACAGAACUGAAUCAUAAUUGGAUAUCUUAUAUUUUAAACCAGAGAAACUUUGUCACACUAGGUGACCAAAUGACAAUCAAAGUCUUCCAUGAAUAUUAAUACUGUGAAACAGUCUGCUUUCAACAUGUAUAUGUUAUAAUAUUUAACUUCAGGACAACAGACCAUUUUACUACGGUAAAUCAAUUUAUUUGUACUCAGGUUUCACAUCAAACAUGCUGCUGAGAUUCUUUGAAUUAAAUUCUUUGUAAUUUUGUUAUACAAGUCUUCAUUUGGAAUUUAAAUUAUUUAAAAUCUGAUGAGCCAGUGUCUCUUUAUGUGAUACAUGUUUAAACUAAGAAAUUAGUUUUUUAAAUCCUACUGAAAGGAUAUGUCUGACCCAGGGCAGUUUAUACCUAUUAUUUAUUUAAGUAAGUUCAGGUUUCCAAAUUGUCCAAAUUAUUUUUAAAGUAAAUGGAAAAAUAUUUAUGCUGAUAUCUUAAUACCACUUAAGACAGUAAUACUCUUGAAUUAUCAGUAAACAAUGUGAUGAUAUCAGUCUAAAUAGUAAACUUUGAGUGUGUAUUUUCAUCAAAUAACAUCUUGGCCUAUAUUGUUGUUUAGUGCUUGUAACAUUUUCAAGACUAGGGAUGACAUUUUUAUGUGUUAUGCUUUUAAUUAACUGUAAUAAAAAUGUAAAUUAACUUUAUAAUUCAUGUAUGUAACAUGUGUAAUACAGGUAAAUUAUAAAGCCUGUGAUCUAGUUCCAAAAACAUUUAGUAGUACCAGUCUUAUACUUUUACUAAAUUCAUCAAGAUUUAGUAAGGAGCUUUUGCUAUACCUGUCAAUCAUUUAUCAAAAACAGUACAUCACAUCUUAAAUUUCACAGUAAUGCUGUUAAUAAUUAAAAUUUCAUUGUGUAAACUUGAUUAUUCUUAAAGUUAUCAAUUAAACACCAGAUUGUAAAAUUUUUAUAUAUUGUUUUAUGGGUACUAACCUUGAAUAUGUUUUUGGAUGAAUCAAAACAUUAUCAGAUAUAUAUUGUAAAUACACUAUUUCUAUGUUCAGUUCUAAGUAGUCUAGAUCAUUCAUCUGAUCAAUAUAGCUAACUGAUAUUUUGACAAUGCACAAGGUGACGAGUUUCUCAAUUUAAUUUUUAAUAUUCACUAAUUAUUCAGUAUAUAAUAACAAGAUUUAUUUACUAGGUAUAAUUUUGCUCAUCUAUCAGUUACUAUGGUACUCAUACAUUGGUACAUUGUGGCUUGUUUUUUAUGUUGGUUGAUUUGUUUUGUGCAUCUAACAACCGGUCAUCUAACAGAUCUAUCAGGAUUAACCUUUUGCAAAUGAUUGUCUUUAUCGUGUCUCAUGUUAGGGGAGGGUUAUCUGUUCAUAAUGUUUAACCCUAUCACAUUAUGUAUGUUCUUGCUAAUGAGCUUCUUUCGAGUGGCUGUUUGUCUAUGUUUGACAUACUAGUAUAUAUUUGAUUUUUGUAUUGUAUAACAUGUAUAAAUUAUGCCGUCAGUUUUAAUGUUGGAAUUAUUUUCAUAUUUUUCAUUUCAAUGCCUUUAAUUGCUGAUUAUAACAUGUAUAUGAUAAGGGUUUUUCUCUUUUUUGAAGGUCGUACAUAGACUUAUAAUAAUAAUGAUAAGAUUGCUAUUAUCUUUGUUCAAACUAUAGUGGAUAGUUGUCUUAUUAAUAACCAUACCACAGUUACGUGUGUAUAUAUUGAAAAAUAAACAAAUU